ACCACUGUGAGACUCCGGUGAUCUUCACUUGUUCCUUAAGAGCUGUUCAGGUGUUUCACAGCUGAGAAGAACAUGGCUCCCAUCCACGACCAGAAGGUUCAUUCUAUCAUGACUUUCAGCUCUCCCUUGAAGAUGAACAGCUGUGUCUGUAGAUGUUGUGACGACGGUUUGUUGAACUAUUAUUUGCCUAUCUUCCGUAAAGGACUUUUCUUACAAGACUCUUUCUUUGAGUAUGUACGCCAGGUCUUCGACGACACUAUUAGAGAUAUACUUAGAAGAUGGAAUGAGACAGGGUUCCUCGGUAACACAUGGAACGACACAAACUUCCGCCUUUCAGAGAACCUCAGUCGCUACAGGCGGCUAAGAGCACAACACCAGGGAGAGGAGAACCAAGCCGUCACCGUCACCUCUGAUAGUACGGGCCAUAAGAUAGUGAUGGACGUUCAUGAUUUCAUGGACGGGGAGGUGAAGGUGAAGGUUGUCGGAGAGACGGAAGUUGUAGUGGAGGCACGCACGAAGACAAACAAUGGUGAAUUCUCUCGUUCCUGCCAGAGUUUUAGGCGUCGCUUUUCCCUGCCUGACCUGACUGAAAUAGAGAGCAUCACUUCAGUAAUAUCAUCCGAUGGGAUUCUCACCGUCACUGUACCGAAAAUGGAAACACAAAGGAAAGUGUGGUCGAGAAUUCCCAUAAGAAUUACCGGAGUCCUUAGUAACAAAGACACGCACACUCCUGGUCUGAACACUCAGGCUGUGGCCGACAAGUGCCUACCUGCCGUCCCUCUGAAAUUACAAGAUAAAGAGAAAACGUGUGUUUUGGAAGACUAUCAACAACAGGAACUCCGCCAAGGUGUUAUAAAUUCACAAGACUAUAGAGAAGGAGAAACUACAUCAGAAAUUUUUGACACAGAUAUUGCAAGCAACGAAAUUUAUUCACAAACUAAGGGCUCACAACUAUCCUGCGAAUACUUGCCAUGUUCUCGUGAAAAAACAAAAUCACCUUCAGUUUACUCACAAAAAAGUAUUGUAAACGACAAAGAGACAAAAGAUAUACAUCGAAGCAAUACUACAGAUGCCCCAACAAAGAACAGUUUAAAAUCACUCUUUAUUAAAUCUCCAGAGAGAGAAACUAUCAGUGCAUGCAGUGAUUCCCAUUUUCCACGCUGUUCCAGUCUUUCUAUCCCAACAAGAGGUCUUUUCUUCAAAGAUCCUGUGUUUGCGGAUAGCCGGCAAGACUUCCGGGACGCUGUGAGGGACGUUGUGUCAAAAUGGGGUGAUGGAUCUUCCGCCACAGACGACAUGACCUGCUACAGAAGUCUACGAGCUCGUAACAUGAGGGACGAUAAUCAAGCUGUGAGAUCAUCCGAGAACGAAUUCAACUAUAAAUUUGUUUUGGAUGUACACGACUUCGCAAAUGGUGGUGAGAUCAGUGCCAAGUUCUUGGACGAGAGAGAAUUGGUGGUGGAGGGCCGUGUGGAGAAAGUGAAAGGGGACCCCAAGUCCGUAAAACAAUUCCUGCGUCAUUUCUUUCUUCCUGGUGGCGUCCAGAUCGAAGCAAUCAUGGCUAUUAUGUCUCUGGAUGGUGUUUUAACUAUCACGGUGCCAAAGAAAAUAUCGCAACCUCACUUGAAGGAGAUUGUAGUACAUAAAAACAUCGAGAAAGACGAAAACCCAGAAAGCCAGAAUGAGUCACCGAACCAGGAAGUGAAGAUAGGAGCUGAGAAAGGAGCUCGGGAGGCGUCACCAACACUCAGCAUUGAGUCUGUUGAUUCUUGUGAUGGCUCUUUAGACGGUAGACUGUGGUCCUUCUCAUCACCAAUUAUUCAGUCACCUGAUCCUGAAGAAUUCUCAGCCCCACAAAGUCCUCCAUAUUCAGUAAAUAUUCGUCAUGUUAUUCCAUCAGAUGGAGUGCUGUGCUACUGAGCUUCUGUCUGUUUUUUCUGUGAUGAAUAACUUGUUUUGUCUCUCUUUGUUAUGGUGUGUAAAGUAAUUAAAAACCUUAUUUUUUCACGACGUACGUUUUGUAGAAAAUUAAUAUACUAGCGUUAUAACCUCCAGCGUGUUAUAUGAGGGCUGGUAGGUGGCGGUUACAUGUGUAAGGUUAAUACCGAAUUAAUCUUUUAUGCUUAUUAUUGCAAGAUGUAAUACUGUAUUGUUUAAGUUACACGAACAAAAUAUUUUAUAUAAAGCUGAUGAAACAAAAACCUUACUUGUAUCUAUACUGAUCUUAAGCGGGAUUUUUUAAAUGGGUUUCGGAAAUGUGUUAAAGUU